CUCUCGUCAUCCCCCUCCCGCCCCGCUUUCGUCAUGCCCAAGCAGAUCACCGACAUCAAGGCCUUCCUCGAGGUGGCUCGCCGCAAGGAUGCCAAGUCGGCCCGCGUGAAGAAGACGCUCAAGGCCGGCUCGCUGCAGACCAAGUUCAAGGUGCGCUGCUCGCGCUACCUCUACACGCUCGUCGUCGACGAUGCCGACAAGGCCGACAAGCUGCGGCAGAGCCUGCCGCCGGGACUGAACGUGCAGGACGUCGGUCUCAAGGGCAAGAGCGCCGCUCGCAAGUAGAUCUUGAGCUGGGGGGGCGGCGGCGGCAAUGAGCAUCUCUUCUCAUGAUUCGCUCUGCUCUGCUCUGCUCUCUCUCUCUUCCUCUCUCCUCUCUUGAUCCCUCCUGCUUCCGCAUCCUACGUCUCGUUCACGUCACUCGUCGGCCACAUCGACAAAACUCACUUUACACUCGCCCACAUCACUUCCUCACCUUUUCGGGCGCCCCAUGCGCCUACUACUCUCUCUGCCCGCUCCUCGCGCUCGGACGAGGAGGAGCGUUGUAUGAUCAUCCUCCGAGACUAAAAAGCCAUCAUCUUGCAUCUCA